AGUGCUGGGAUUACAGGCGUGAGCCACUGCGUCUGGCCCUAGACAUACUAUUUUUAAGGGCAAAGGAAAUCUAAAAAAUAUUCUGAUAUUACAUAUGUGACAGUAAAAAAUGAAUGUGUACAUUUAAAUGACAGAAAAAGUAGUUCAUACAUGUAUCUAUAUAGUCUGUUGAAAUUAGGUUACCAUAAGCCCUCAAUUUGUAUUAGAUAGUUUUAAUUAGCAUGGAAACUUGUUGCUUUCUGUGUAAGUUAGAUAUCAAAGUUCAUAAUAAUUCAGACUAGAAAAUUUUACUCUUAGGAUUUAAAGUGAUGGGUCUUUGAAAGUUGACUCUUAGAUCUAAAUUGUAGUUUCCUAUUUGUAAACUCUGCCAGAACCAUGUUUUAGUUCUAGGCGAGGACUGAUGAUUAUGUCUUUGCUUUUGUUAGGGUUCACUCAAAAAGGCAGCCUGGAUGAAAUAAGUUGAUUGUCAGUUCAUCACAAAGACCAAUGAUGAGUUUGGGGAAUCCUAUUAAAAUAACUGAUUUUAGCGUGUGAAAUAAAACCUAUUCAAAUAUUUAAGUAGAUAGUGGAAGAUACCUAAUAUAUUUUACAAUUAUGCUUAUAGCUUUCAAAUUCUGCCUCCAAUACACGCGUAAGGCUGAAUUCCGUAAACUGUGUGACAAUUUGAGAAUGCACUUAUCGCAGAUUCAGCGCCACCAUAACCAAAGUACGGCAAUCAAUCUUAAUAAUCCAGAGAGCCAGUCCAUGCAUUUGGAAACCAGACUUGUUCAGUUGGACAGUGCCAUCAGCAUGGAAUUGUGGCAGGAAGCGUUCAAAGCUGUGGAAGAUAUUCAUGGGCUAUUCUCCUUGUCUAAAAAACCACCUAAACCUCAAUUGAUGGCAAAUUACUAUAACAAAGUCUCAACUGUAUUUUGGAAAUCUGGAAAUGCUCUUUUUCAUGCAUCUACACUCCAUCGUCUUUAUCAUCUUUCUAGAGAAAUGAGAAAGAAUCUUACACAAGAUGAGAUGCAAAGGUAAGAAUGUUAUAGUUGGGUAAUGUUGAAAUUCUGUAACAAAUACUGUCUAUAUGACAUGGUAUUAUAUUCUCAGCCAUGGUUUUUCAGCCUCUGCACUAUUGACAUUUUGGAUUGGAUAAUUCUUAGUUGUCGGCUGUCCUGUGUUACUGCAGGUUGUUUAACAGCAUCCGCAGCUUCUACCCAUUAGGUGUCAGUAGCAACCACCACCAGUUGUGACUACCACAGAUGUCUCAAGACAUUGCCCUUCCUGAACAGUAUUCUUGGUUUUCGGUAGUUUGACAAGUAAUCCCACUAAAAGCCCAAUUGAGAUAUUUGAAUAUUAACGAAAAAUACAUUUAAUGGAUGAGCUUUCUACAGGUAUUUAAAGU